CAGACUUGGUCAGCAUUCCUCAUAACAUUAUCUCUUAACGAGAUAAUUGAAAUGACAAUGGCACAAUAUAGCAUUCUCAUCACGGGCGCUGCAGGAUACAUUGGCGGGUCGAUCCUCUCAGCUCUAGUUAGCCUCGAGGACCAACACAAUAUCUUCGCUACAGUUCGCACGUUUAAACAGGCGGAUGCUGUGGUUUACCAACACCCAGGUAUCACUGUGCUGCAAGUUGAUGUUACACAUGAGAAGGAAAUUGAGCAUAUUAUAUCUACACAUGAAAUUGACAUUGUAAUUCAGGCAGCGAGCUCGAUAGACUCGAGACUCUCGAUCCAACUCAUUAGUGCUCUCUCGAAAAGAAAGCAGAGAAACGGAGGCAAGAAUGUUUGGUUCAUCCAUACAUCAGGGCUGGGUGGAUUUUGUGUGCAGAAUGGUUGGCCCGUUGAAGAGAGGGAAGACACGGGACCUAUUUUCGAGACGGAGAAGAGACUCAUGGAGACUUUUCCUAUUAGGAAGACUGAUGUCGAAAUCACGGAAUAUGCGGAAGUGAUGGGAGUAGAUAGUCUCAUUGUUGUGCUGCCCAUUAUUUAUGGCAAGGGGACGGGGGCGUGGAAUCAACUCUCAAUCAAUUUGCCCAUCUACGUCAAGUCGAUAAUUCAGAGCGGGCGGGCGAGGAAAUUUGCAGAGAAUACUAAAGUCUCAGCAAGCCAUAUUUCGGAUCUGGUAUCUCUAUACACACUCCUCGUCUCGAAGAUCAUCGCUAGAGAAGAUAUUCCUAGAGGGAAAGAAGGUUACUACUUCGCGCUUGCACAUCGAAUAGAAGGAUGGGAAGUCGCAGAGUCUCUUUCCGGGGCUGCGAAAGCUCGAGGGCUCAUUGCCGAUUCGACUGUCGAGGUCUGGGAAAGCGAUGCAUCUGCAGCUGAGGCAAUGGGGGUCCCCGAGAUGUUUGUCCAGGUACUGUGGAAUUCAGGAGAUGAAAUGAUAGCGCGGAGACCGUUCAGCCUAGGUUGGUCACCAAAAUGGGAUAGGAAGAGGUUUAUAGAUAAUAUCGACGACGAGAUAGCUGCAGUUUUGGAACUUGGUGAGGCAAAGAGCAGUCUCGUCAGCUCGCUUUUCAAGUUUGCGGGGGUUUGAAGCUGGGCAUGGUAUGAUUGGCGAUGGCAUUGCUAUUUGUGUUGGUUGCUGGACGAUGUUUUCCUAAUGGGUGAGAUUUGCGCCUCUUUGGCCCCCACGAAACCUUG